UCAGGUGGUUGUCUCGUCAGGCUGCCGAAUCUCUGGUCUCCUGUUAGCUCCUGUUAGCUCAAAGGGAAACCACCGAACGGGUUUAGAGUAAACUGAAAUGACUCUACAGGGUCCGGGUCCUGGGUUGGGUUAGGGGGUCCUGGGUCCUGGGUUAGGGGGUUCCGGGUCCUGGUUUAAAGGGUUCCGGGUCCUGCUAGCUCAUUUAGCUUUAGCUUCCUCUGGAGCGCGUUAACGGGAAUCUGUUGUGUUCUGAUGAGAACACCGGAGACAUGGUUCAUGUUCAUGUUCCGGUUAAUGUUCCCGUUAACGUUCACGCUAACGGACUCUCCGCGGAGCAGCUGAGCGCAGUGGCAUCUUUUUAAAGAAGUGGAGUGUAUCAGCACUCAGCUUGGAGACCUUUUUCGCCUGAUCUGACAUCAUAGUUGUACCUUUACUCUGAGGACACCUGCCUGCAGCCAUGCUGACCUAGAAUCAGCUGUUAGUUUGUGCAGUGAGCUGAAUCCAGAGAUAGAGAUCAUGUCUGAGAACCAGGCAAACAACAACAACGUCCCUCUGAACAACAACAACAUUGGACCCAACAGGAUUCGAAACCCCAACAUCAACCAGAACCCCCUCAUCAAUGUCCGUGACCGACUGUUCCACGCCCUCUUCUUCAAAAUGGCCGUCACAUACGCCCGACUGUUCCCUCCAUCCUUCAGGAGAGUCUUUGAGUUCUUCGUACUACUCAAGGCGCUCUUCGUCCUCUUCAUCCUCGCCUACAUUCACAUCGCCUUCUCUCGCUCGCCCAUCAACUGUCUGGAGGUGGUGAGGGAGCGCUGGCCUCGUGACGGCAUCCUGCGGGUGGAGAUCCAGAGGAACUCCAGCCGAGCCCCCGUCUUUCUGCAGUACUAUGACUCCACGGGCCUCCAGGAGGAGCUGGAGGCUGAGGAGGGGGGUGGAGCACCGAGAGGAGUGGUGGGGCUCAGCCUAGCAGCUCUGCAGGAGGAAGAAGAAGACGAGGAUGAGAUGACCCUGGAGAUGUUUGACAACAGCUCCGUGCAGUUUGAGCUGGACAUUGAGCCUCGUCUGAAGCCGUCUCUGAUUGGAGGAGGUGUUGGAAGAGGAGCGGGAGGAGGCGCAGGAGGAGUGAACGACAGCCAGGACAUCUCCUUCAGCCAGACCACUAAAGGUAUGCAGCCGCUGAAGGAUUCAGUGUCUGAGCUGGAGAUGAUGACCAGAGCAGUGUGGCCUCAGGAGGAGUACAUUGUGGAGUAUUCUCUGGAGUACGGCUUCCUGCGUUUGUCUCAGAGCACCAGACAGAGGCUCAACAUCCCUGUCAUGGUCGUCACUUUGGAUCCCAUGAAGGACGAGUGUUUCGGUGACAGCUUCAGUCGCUUCCUGCUCGACGAGUUUUUGGGCUAUGACGACAUCCUGAUGUCCAGUGUGAAGGCGCUCGCAGAGAACGAGGAGAAUAAAGGGUUCCUGAGAAAUGUGGUGUCUGGAGAACAUUACCGCUUUGUCAGCAUGUGGAUGGCCAGAACAUCCUACCUGGCCGCCUUCGUCAUCAUGGUCAUAUUUACUCUGUCAGUGUCCAUGCUGCUCAGAUAUUCUCACCACCAGAUCUUCGUCUUCAUUGUGGAUCUUCUUCAGAUGUUGGAGAUGAACAUGACUAUCGCCUUCCCAGCAGCCCCUCUGCUCACCGUCAUUCUGGCCCUCGUUGGCAUGGAGGCAAUCAUGUCUGAGUUCUUCAACGACACAACAACAGCCUUCUACAUCAUCCUCAUCGUCUGGUUGGCCGAUCAGUAUGAUGCCAUCUGCUGUCACACCAAUACCAGCAAACGCCACUGGCUGAGGUUCUUCUAUCUUUACCACUUUGCAUUCUACGCGUAUCACUACCGCUUCAACGGACAGUACAGCAGCCUGGCCCUGGUCACCUCCUGGCUCUUCAUUCAGCACUCCAUGAUCUACUUCUUCCACCACUACGAGCUUCCUGCCAUCCUGCAGCAGAUCCGGAUCCAGGAGAUGCUGCUUCAGAACCAGCAGGCGGGUCAGGCCAACCAGACGGCCCUGCAGGACAACCUGAACAACAACAACAGUGCUGCUGCAGAACCAGGAACGAGACCCGGGCCAGGACCCAACAGCACCCAGCAGGAGGCUCAGGCUGACCCCCAGACCUCUUCCUCCCCAGCAGCAUCAGGAGGUGCAGGGGAGGUGAGGUCGGAGCUGAACUGGGUCGCUCAAACGGCGGCCAUCAUCGCCGAAGCUCUGUCCUCCUCCUCUGAUACCGGGGAACAAGGAGGUGCAUCUGGAGGUCAGGGGUCAGCAGGAGCAACAGAGGUCAGUGUAUUGGCUGGUUUCUGGAUGGAAGGAGGAGGAGCAGAAGGAGGAGGAGGAGGAGGAGAAGCAGGAGGAGGAGAUCAGAGAGUUGUUCCUGCUGAAACCCAAACCACAGCAGGAGGAGCCAAUCUGCAAGUCAGCCCUCCAAUCAGAGGGCUCCAGACGGGGCCUUUGGAAGAGACUCCCUCACACACAGACUGCCCUCCCCCUAAGGGUCCAGGUACAGACUGCAGAUCACCACAGACCCCGUCCUGAGAGUCCAGGUGUCCCCCUGCUGACACCAUGUCAGUGGUAGCUCAGUCUGUCAGCUGAUCAGGGUGAUUCAUUGGUGAUUGGCUGAUCCAUUUUAUUUCUGAUGUCAAACAAACAAGUGAUAAAGAAGCUGAGGCUUGCGGCCCCACAGGAGGUCCCAGGGGGUCAUCUGAGGGGCCUUGAACUGGUUCAUUGGAGACCAGAUCGAAUCCAGAAUCUAGUCCAGUUCAGACAAAGACGAUAUCUAUCGGUGUUCAGUUAGAUCCAGAAAACUCCAAUAAAGAUCAAAUCUAUUGAUUGAUGUGCUAAAGUGUGAAUCUGUUGAUUUUAAUCUUCAUGUUUCUGCUAACAUCUUGAUGCUUCAUCAUCUUCAUCAUCACAGGUUAAUCUGCUGAUAAUAAUUGUCCCACAAAGUCCCCGUUUAUUGAUUCGACUAUAUUGAUCAGCUGUUUCACUGAUAAGUCGUCUUCAGUCAGAACCAAUGAGACGCAGAGAGACUUCUUUAAAACACCGGUGAUCACUUAUUGAUCAGUGAAUCUGAUUCUGACAGACUGAAGCACAAACUGAACUGUUGAUUUCUGUUUCCAUCUGCUUUUACUUUGAAGAGCAGGAAGUUGUUCUCGUGGUGAAUCGAGACUUCCUGACAGAAUGGAUGCCUUAUCAAUAACCCUCUGUGGACACUACGGUAGAGCCAGCUGAUUGGUUGCGCAAUAUGAUGUGUCACACCUCGGGCCCCGCCUCCUGCUGUCACUGUGACGAGUUCAGGUGCUCCUGGUUGUUCCGUAAAUGUUGGCGUUGAUUCUCUGGACAGAAACCACUCAACUCCUUUAAAACCAUUUAUUUAAACGGAUUAAAUAUUAAAACAUGUCGCAUGAAAUCAGA